AUGACGGCUGCGGUCGUUACGGGUCUUUUGACGGUGUGCAGUCAGACUCCUCUUGCAUUUGCUCAAGAGUCUUCUCAAAAUGCAAUCGUGGUGACAAACCAAACCUUCGCCCUAAACGGCGCGACGGCCUCGUACAACUUCCACGUCGACAGCAGCACGGGCGACCUAAUAACCGACCACUUCGGCGCGGCCGUUGUCCCUCCUCUCCCGUCCCCCGUUGAACCAGCCAUCAACGGCUGGGUUGGACUCCCCGGCCGCGUACGCCGUGAAUUCCCUGACGAGGGCCGCGGCGAUUUCCGCAUUCCUGCGAUCCGCAUCCGGCAGAGCGCUGGGUAUACUGUUAGCCAGCUGCAGUAUGAUUCGCACGAGGUCGUCAGUGGGAAGCCUGCGUUGCCGGGGCUGCCUUCAACCUUUGGGGAGGAGGGGGAUGUGAGCUCGCUCAUUGUGCAUCUUGUCGAUAGCGUCAGCAAUGUGGAGGCGGACUUGGUGUAUUCUGUUUUCCCAGAGUAUGACGCCGUGGUGAGGAGUGUGAAUGUAACGAAUCGUGGGGAUGGGAAUGUGAGUGUCGAGGCGUUGGCGAGCUUUAGUGUGGAUUUCCCGGAUGAGGAGCUGGAUAUGAUUAGUCUCAGGGGGGACUGGGCAAGGGAGGCGACGAGGCAGAGGAGGAGGGUUGAGUAUGGGGUUCAAGGGUUUGGGAGUACCACUGGCUACUCGUCGCACCUUCAUAACCCCUUCCUUGCGCUGGUGCAUCCCUCGACCACUGAAUCCCAAGGCGAGGCUUGGGGUUUCUCGCUCAUCUACACGGGAUCGUUCUCUGCUAAGGUGGAAAAAGGCUCCCAAGGCCUUACCCGCGCACUGCUAGGGCUCAAUCCCGACAGACUCUCAUGGAACCUUGGCCCCGGCGAGACUUUCACCUCUCCCGAGUGCGUGUCAGUCUACUCCAAGGACGGCCUCGGUGGCAUGUCUAGCAAGUUCCAUCGCCUCUACCGAAACCACUUGAUCAAGAGCCAAUUCGCAACCUCGGACAGGCCUGCCUUGCUCAACAGCUGGGAAGGCGUCUACUUUGACUUUAACCAGAGCACCAUCUACAACCUUGCCCGGGCAUCUGCCGACCUAGGCAUCCACCUCUUCGUCAUGGACGACGGCUGGUUCGGUGACGAAUACCCUCGCGUUUCCGACGAAGCCGGCCUAGGCGAUUGGACGCCGAACCCCGAUCGCUUCCCCAACGGCCUCUCCCCGCUCGUCUCCAACGUGACGAACCUCGAAACAAACGGUACAGCCCUCCGCUUCGGCAUCUGGGUCGAGCCCGAAAUGGUCAACCCAAACUCGACCCUCUACAAUGAACACCCGGACUGGGUCCUCCACGCAGGCGACUACCCACGCACCGAACGCCGCAACCAGCUCGUUCUCAACCUGGCCCUCCCCGAAGUCCAAUCCUUCAUCAUCGACUUCAUGACCACCCUCCUCAAUUCCGCAGACAUCAGCUACAUCAAAUGGGACAACAACCGCGGACAGCACGAGACGCCCUCGCCAAGCAAUGACCACGCCUACAUGCUCGGCCUCUACCACGUCUUUGACACACUGACAACCCGCUUCCCUGAUGUCCUCUGGGAAGGCUGCGCCUCUGGCGGUGGCCGCUUCGACGCGGGUGUCCUGCAAUAUUUCCCACAGAUCUGGACGUCAGACAACACCGACGGCGUCGACCGCGUAAGCAUCCAGUUCGGGACAUCCCUCGCGUACCCGCCGUCCGCAAUGGGCGCACACCUCUCCGCCGUGCCGAACCACCAAACGGGCCGAACGGUGCCCCUAACUCUCCGCGGGCACGUCGCGAUGAUGGGCGGGUCGUUUGGCCUCGAACUCGACCCGUCCGAGCUCGACCCCGAAGAGCAGGCAAUUGUCUCUGACCUCCUUGUCCUCGCCGAACGGAUCAACCCCAUCAUCCUAACCGGCGACCUAUACCGUCUCCGCCUUCCCGAGGACUCGAAGUGGCCCGCGGCGCAGUUCAUCUCGGAGGAUGGAAACACGGUCGUGCUCUUCGUGUUCCAGCUCGCGCCGAACGUUAACCAUGCGGUCCCGUGGAUCAAGCUGCAGGGACUCGAUGCGGACGCGCGGUAUGUGGUUGAUGGGCAGGCGAACGCGACAUACUCGGGGAGCACAUUGAUGAAUCUGGGACUGCAGUUCAAGUUUGAGACCGAGUACGGGAGCCAGGUUGUUUUCCUCGAGAGGGAGUAG